CUUCCAUGACUGUGCCAUUAAGAAAGUAGCUUUGUUUUCAAUCCCAAACUGUCAAAGUCUCUCUUCACCUCUCAAGGUUAAUCAAGCAUUUAUCUCUCUCUCUCAUCAAUGUUGCUUUAAAGCCAAUGCUCCUCUUCUUGUUCUUCAUAUAAACCACACAUAUCCUCUCCUCCACAUCUCUUAGCAAUUUCAUACCAAACCCUAAAAUUGAGAAAGAGUACUUAGAGAGAGAGAGAAAGAUGGGUAGAGGGAAGAUAGAGAUAAAGAGGAUUGAGAACGCAAACAACAGGGUGGUGACGUUCUCAAAGAGGAGGAAUGGGUUGGUCAAGAAGGCUAAAGAGAUCACAGUUCUUUGCGAUGCAAAAGUUGCUCUCAUAAUCUUUGCCAGUAAUGGUAAGAUGACUGAUUAUUGUUGUCCUUCCAUGGAUCUUGGUGCUAUGUUGGACCAAUAUCAGAAGUUAUCUGGCAAGAAACUAUGGGAUGCUAAGCAUGAGAACCUCAGCAAUGAGAUUGAUAGGAUCAAAAAAGAGAAUGAUAGCUUACAACUGGAGCUCAGGCAUUUGAAGGGGGAAGAUAUACAGUCUCUCAACUUAAAAAACCUGAUGGCUGUAGAGCACGCCAUUGAACACGGCCUCGACAAAGUCCGAGACCACCAGUCGGAGAUCAUCAUGACAAAGAGAAGAGCUGUGAGCAUAUAUAACAAUUUAUAUUGUUUACUACUUAGCUUUCAGGAUGGAAUAUGUAAUAAUGUACAUCAUUUUUUUUUUUUUUUUUUUUUUACAGGNAAGAUGAUUGUAGAGGAGAAUCGGCAACUCCAUUUCCAGCUGCAACAACAGGAGAUGGCUAUAGCUAGCAACGCAAGAGGACUGAUGAUGAGAUAUCAUGAUGGGCAAUUUGGAUAUAGAGUGCAGCCGAUUCAGCCAAAUCUUCAGGAAAAGAUUAUGUCCUUGGUCAUCGAUUGAUCAUCGUGAGACUUAAAAUCUUAUCAUCAAGAUCUAUCUAUUCCGUCGUCCUUUUACUGUGUCAUUAUAUAUCUGUGCGUGUUGUAUUAAUCUCGAGCCAAAUCUAUACUCUCUAUCGGAGUCGGACUUGUUGUACUUAAUUAUGCUAUAUGUGUGUUGUUUGCUUAAUUAUGACCUAUAUGUAUUGGUUUGUAUGGUGUGCUUAACCGUUUGGAACUAACUGCAUGUGUGUGUUAACUAAUAUUGGCUGUUAUUUUGAUAAGCUAUUUUAUGAAUCGAUUUUAA